AUGACGACCAUCGCCUUUUUCGGAGCAACCGGCGGCUGCGCCAACGUCUGCCUGACCCACACCCUUCUCAACGGCUACAACGCCAGAGCCCUAGCCCGCACCCCCUCAAAACUCACAACGCUACUCCUCUCACAGCAUGGCAUAACAGAGGAAAUUCUGUCUCGCCAGCUCGAGAUAAUUGAAGGAGAUGCAACAGAUGUGGAGAGCGUCACGAAAACACUCAUCACAAACUCCAACAGCACACCCAAUGGCGCUUGUACUCUCGUAACAAGCAUAAUUUCCGGCAUAGGCGGCACACCGACAAUUUCCUUUACUAAAGAAACAAAAUGCGCAAAUACUCAGAUGCGCAUGCCUGCGUUGCCACACAUUGAGCUCUCAAACCCGCACAUCACAGAAGAGACAACACGCGCGCUGUUGGCGGCGCUGACGCAGAUUGCUUCUGAGCGGUUUGCCUCGCUCGAAGCAUAUCGUGCUGUUGCGCCAAGGGUCACUGUGAUAUCGACGACUGGGCAUUUGCCUGGUAAUAAAGAUGUGCCGUUCUGGUUCAGGCCUAUGUACUCUGUUCUCUUGCCGAUCCCGCAUGCGGAUAAGUUGCAGAUGGAGAAAUUGCUUGAUAAGGAUGUUGAGUUGGGACAUGCUGGUGUGCUUGCGGCUGGAGUUGUUGUUGUGAGACCUAGCUUUUUGACGGGGGAUCAUCUGGUUCCUGUUCGUGACGGGGAGGAAGGGGGCAAAGGGGCGGGAUUGGAGAAAGUGAGGGCUGGGACGGAGAGUGAUCCUGCUAUUGGUUAUACGAUCUCACGGGCUCUAGUUGGUGAGUGGAUAUUUGAGGAGAUUGUUAAGGGUGGAGGGAAAUGGGUUGGGGAGAAGGUUACUAUCACUACUUGA